CAUAGCAUGUGGCGCGAGAGAGAGUAAGAGUAAUGGCAAUGAGUUCGUCUUCUUGCGCUUGCGCUUCUAAUUCAAAAAAUUGGAGCAUUGAUUAUGGAGGUACAAUGCAUUCAAAUUCAAAGCGAAUCAGGCCAACGAAAAUCGCCAUGCCACUCUCAGUUUCUGGUUCCAGAAGAUCCACGGCGAUUCUCAUUUCAUCGUUGCCGUUCACCUUCCUUUUGCUCUCUCCGCCGGCGGAGGCCAGACGCAACAAGAAAACAAUUCCCCAAGAGGAAUACCUCACUACUCCUGAUGGAUUGAAAUACUAUGAUUUGAUUGAGGGCAAAGGUCCAGUAGCUGAAAAAGGAAAAAUCGUUCAGGUCCACUUUGAUUGCUUAUAUCGCGGGAUCACUGCUGUAUCCAGUCGCGAAUCUAAACUCCUAGCGGGAAAUCGUAUCAUUGCUCAGCCAUACGAAUUCAGGGUGGGAGCUCCUCCCGGAAAGGAAAGAAAACGUGAAUUUGUUGAUAAUCCAAAUGGUUUAUUCUCUGCUCAAGCAGCACCCAAACCCCCACCUGCCAUGUAUACAAUAGUGGAGGGAAUGCGAGUUGGUGGAAAGCGAACUGUUAUUGUUCCUCCUGAAAAUGGUUAUGGACAAAAGGGAAUGAACGAGAUUCCGCCUGGAGCUACAUUUGAACUAAAUGUUGAGCUUCUGCAAGUUGUAGCUACCUGAAGAUCAGAGUGAGCUUCACUCCAUUCUUUGAAGCUGUUGAUAUUUAACUUCACAAUAUGUAUUUUAUGAGGCUUGCGGCUAUUUUAUUCUCAAUAACCUUUUUUAUCAUUGUCUUUUACCCAUUGUGACAACAGAGGAAAUAAGGUAGAGAAGAAAGAAUAUUUUUUUUGCAAUAUGAAAGAGAAAAUAAAGAAAAAAUUA